UCAAGUCUGCUGCAGAAGCCCUCGUAAGUAUCCAUCUCCUUGUCUAAGUCGUCUAGACCUUGAUUAGGCAUUGGACGGAAUGCACUCCCUAGAAAAUUACUAUUUCCUGUGCUGACGACGAUGCGUUCGUAGAGGCCAAGUCGCCGGCGGUGUGCUCGACCGCAGCGAGUCAAACUACAAGUCGCUCCACACCUUCGCUCUCGAAAAGGACCGGCCAUACCAGCAGCAGUUUGCCGACAUCUACUUCCUGCGCCUGACCAAGAUCAAGCCCGCCAUCGAGGAGAUCGCCACCACGGCAUGGGAGGGCACCGUCAUUGGCGGUGAGACGGCCAAGAAGGUUGACCGCGUCCUGGAUGUCCGGCAGGGCGAGCUGUGCUGGGUCACGGGCACCGUCUACAUAGACAUGCCUCUGAAGCCUAACAUUCUCGAGGAUGUGGCCAAAGAUCGCUGGAUAUCUGCCCCUACCUCGAUGCAGCAGUACUUCUCGGAUGACGGCCGCGACGCUGUCAUGCUCGAAGACGACUCGGGGCGCAUCCGGCUCAUUGGCGACGUGCUCAAGCCCUUCUUCAUGGUGACGGGCUGUAUCAUCGCCGUCAUGGGCACCGAGAACGCCAACGGCGAGUUUGACGUUAUUGACCUCAAGUUCGCCGACCUUGCUCCGCAGCCCGAGCGGUGGGAGCUCACAAAGCCAAAGAACUCGAGUGUCUCCACGCAGCAGAAGAAGGCAAACGCAAAAUUCAACAAGGACGAGGACGUGGAGAUGUCAGACGGCCCCUCGUCGUCGUCCGGCCUGGGGUCCAAGAAGAUCGCCUUGGUUUCCGGCCUCGAGUUCUCGGGAGAGGAUACAUCAUAUGCCAUGGAGCUGAACCUACUGCUCGAGUACCUGCUCGGCGAGGCGCUCGAUCCCGCGGCGCAGAAGGAGCUAGCGCACAUCAGCCGGCUCGUGGUUGCCGGCAACUCGAUUGCGCCCGAGCACAAGGCCACAGCCGAGGAGAGCGCCGAGAAGAAGGCGCACAAGAAGUACGGCUACGACAGCCGCUCGUACAACCCCAUACCGUCGCAGCUCUUCGACGAGUUCCUGUCCGAGCUGCUCCCGACAAUGCCCGUCACCCUCCUGCCGGGCGUGCUCGACCCCGCCAACGCGAGCUACCCGCAGCAGCCCAUCCACGCGGCCAUGCUUCCAAAGUCGAGGACAUACACGGCCAUACCCGGCACCGCCGAGUCCGGGUGGCUGGACUCGGUGACGAAUCCGUGGGAGGCCGAGGUCGAGGGGUGGAGGGUGCUGGGCACGGGCGGGCAGAACCUCGAUGACGUGUUCAAGUACGUCGAUAGCGACGACAGGCUGGGCAUGAUGGAGGCCAUGUGCAGGUGGCGCUGCUCCGCGCCGACAGCCCCUGACACCCUGUGGUCAUAUCCGUUCCAAGAAGACGAACCCUUCGUCAUGAAGCAGUGCCCGCACCUGUAUUUCGUCGGCUCGCAACCCGAGUUCGGCACCAGGAUCAUCGAAGGCCCCGACGGGCAGGUAGUGCGCCUGAUCCUGGUCCCGUCCUUCUCGGCCACGCGCGAGAUUGUGCUGGUGGACACGGAGACGUUGGACGUGUCCAUUCUCAAGAUCUCUGCUUCUUAACCAGCCUCAACCCUAUAAACUAUUUUAUGAUGAAAAAAUGACUCGGCCAGACAGGCUGAGACAAGCCCUUUUUGAAGGGGAAGCGUACGAGUAAAAAUGAAUGAGAUUACUAUUAUUUAUUCUGUUAGCUCUGGCAAAUCGGUCCAUCUCGGUAGGUAGCUGCACAUACUAUUAUAUAGUGCCCCCCCUUUUUUUCCCCAGCGUGGUGAAGCUGGAACAUUGACGAAUACCGACGGGCAGGCAGGCUGAUGGAGAUGCUGCUUAAAUAUGAACAUAUAUAUAUCUACAUCCAUGCGCGCAGAAAAAAAGAAUACAUCUAAAACCGAGAAAGCGGUGUUCUGGCGGCCGAAUUUGGCUGGCGCAUGGUGCCAUUUUCGGCGA